AAAAAAAAGAGAGGACCGUUGGGAGAUAAGAAUUUAGAUGAAUUUUCAAACUCACAAGAGAACUCGUGGGAGUAUUCAAAUAAUAAUUUCAAGGAUAUUCAAAAAAUUAAAAUGUUCUCAAUAACACGUGAGGUAUACAUGGAAGAACUAUCAGUGUUCCUAGAAUUAAUGGAGUAUUCCAGAGUGAGAGAUGAUUAAUGGUGAAAUAUCAUGAAUUCCCUCCCAACAAGUAUCAACCCCUGAAGCCCCGGCUAACCCUGACUGACGUUUGGCGUUUGUGCUUAGGAGGGAAUGAUUCAGCAAGUACCGUGCAAGGUAUUCGUGGGACGCUGUACAGAAGACCUAACAGCGGACGAUCUUCGCGACUACUUCUCAAAAUUUGGUGAAGUUACGGAUGUAUUCAUCCCGAAGCCCUUCCGUGCAUUCUCAUUCGUAACAUUCUUAGAUCCCGAAGUUGCCCAAUCACUUUGCGGUGAGGAUCACAUAAUAAAGGGAAUAUCAGUGCACGUAUCAAAUGCAGCACCAAAAUCCGAGGGUAAUAACCGCAAUUUCAACAACCAAAUGAAUUCAAAUAUGCGCGGAAGAGGAAUGCCAGGGCCAAUAGACAAUAAUAUGCAGGGAAAUUACCAGGGAAAUCGUUACAUGGGCCACUCAGGCAACAACAUGGGUCCAAACGGUUGGAACAAUCCCGGCAAUCGUGGUAAUCUCGAUAUGCCAAAUUUACAAGCACUCGGCAUAACCGGACAGAAUAACGGAGGUGGUGGUGGUGGUGGUAUGUCAAAUCCAUUAGCAAUGGGUGGAAUUAAUCUAUCAGCACUGCCAGUCAAUCCAGCACUAGUUGCUGCUGCACUCAAUCAAGCAUCAUGGGGACUGAUUGGUAAUCUACAGAAUCAGGGCAACGAUCAGGGAUAUUCAAAUCAGCCAGGACCACCAGGACAACCACCAUCCGGCAACAACAGCAUCGGUAACAGUGGUAAUUCUGGUUUCCUCAGCUGGAUGAAUCAAGGAGGAGGUGAUGGAAACACGGGAAAUCCAGGAUCUGGUGGACCUGGACCCAACAAUCCUAAUGCAAGUCAGGGGGCCUGGCAAAAUCAUCCAGGACAACGAGACGGAAAGACCAACACCUUCCUGAAGUACGAGUAAAUGGAUAACGAGUCUAUUGAUUGAGGGGAUCGUUUGAAUAACUGGUUUGGGUGAUUAUCGAUUAUUACGAGACACAUAUGAUUGAUCAUUGACGUGACGAGGGGAGUAAUCCGACGAACCUCGUCACAUUUAAUCCCUCGAUUAUUAUCUAAUCGCUUUAUUUCCUUACACAUUGACUAUUUACUUUCACCCGCAAUAUUCAAAUUCCUAGAUUAAUCACCCACCAAAUAAAAAAUCAACAUUGAUAAUGCAAUCGAAGGGGGAAUCAACGCAAAUAAAAUCUAGAUAAAACUGAUGGUUAACGAAAUAUUCGAAUGAUAUGAUGAAAAUUUUUAACACGAUAAUAGUUGUAAUAUGGUGCAUUGAAAAAAAAAAACAAAAAACGAUUAACUAAACUUAAGCCAAGAUAUGGGUGGAGAGAGUCAAAUGAGUGGUGAAUGUGCAUUAGAAUUUUUUCCUUAUCGUUAACGUUUUUUUCUCUCUCUCUCUCUAUCUCUCUCUCUCUCUCUCUUCUUUUUGAAAAAUUAUUUUCACGGGAGAUAUUGUAAUUAUUCUAAUGUCUAGAGCGGCGUAUAUGUGCUUGGAAUUCAUUGCAGUGUGUUUAAUAUUUAAAUAAUAAUGAGGUAUGUAUCGGUGUAAUGUGGAUUUAAAAAAAGAAAAGAAGAAGAUAACACUUUGAGUAAGUAGAAACCCUUUCACAAAUGAAUGAGGUGGGAUAAUUGAUAAUGGAUGAUAGUUACUGAUUAACUGGCUGACGAGGAUAAUGUGAAUUUGUGAGGGGGAUGGAGAUUAGAUGAUCAAUAUCCGCGAGGGUCGAUAUAAGAUUGAUUAUAUUAUAGUUGUUUAUCAGUUUGUGAGUGUAUUCGUAUCAUUGAAUUAUUAACAAAGAAAAUAUGGUUAAUAAAUAAAGGUAACAUGAAUUUAGAUAAUGACCCACUCGUGGUGAAAAAAAAAAAAUUAUUGUAAGUAUAUGGAUUAAUAUGCGCUUAGCUGAUAGUUAUUUCAUCAAUGAGAGCUUAAGUAAUCGUUGUAUACAUGCUUUUUCAAGGAAUGUUGCAUGGUUUCCCUCCUGGGUCGCUCGGAUGUCUGAGAUUUUUUUUUUUUUUCUCGUUUUCUUUAAAAAUGCUGAAGGCAAUUAUCGUGGAAAUGUAAAAACGUGAGAGAUGAUUUUUAUUCUCACUGUCAAUGUGAUUAUCUCAGCGGGGGUGGAUCUAGUGAGAAACUUCGUAGGAGCUUUUUUGUGGAGAAUUUAAUCCCCUCGAUAAAAGUUCCUCUGACCUCUUCUCCCAGAUCCACCAUUUUUGAGAUACGCAAUGGACAAUGUCAACACUACCAAUAUUUCGAGGAUAAAGAAAAACUGAUUAUUAUUGUGUCUCACGUUUUCAUUUUUCUCCUGAUAGAAUCGAUCAAUUUUCGAUGAUAAUGACGACAUUCAUCAUCAAUAUUCACCCAUAGAUUAUUUAUUAUUAACCCAUAAACAAUUGCAAUAUUACAAAUCACAAGAAAACCGAUGAAGACUAAAUUCUCCAUUGUUCACAAUUUUAGAUUUGAAAUAAAUAAAUAAAAAAUGAUCUAGAGAGAAAGGAGGGGGUAGAAUGACUAAACUUGAAUCGAUGAAUGCAUAAAUAAUUGGUACAGUUAAUCGAGUAACUGAAUAGAUUAAAAUAAUUAAAAUCUGAUUUGUAACCACGAAACUUUCUCUCGUAGGUACUUAGCGUGAAUUACACAGUUGUACGACUAUUUGUGUAUGAAUAUUUUACACUGGUGCGCUGAUGUGUAAAUUUAAAAAAGAAAGGUAAAAAAAAAAGUAAGAAGUUUAAUAUUAAAAAUUGAGUCAGAGAUAACAGUAAUGAUACUAAUUCAUUAACAAAUUCGAAAGAGUAUACCGAUGAAUUUUAAACAGAACUAAAUAAAUGGAGUUGAUUGAUUUCAUUCGUUGUGUGGGAUAAAAACAUAAUUAAUUAUAUAUUUAUACACGGUUUAUUUGAAUUGAAUGGUUUGCAAGUGGUAGGUAAUCGAGAGUGAAUUCAGUGAAUUAUUUUUUUUUUACAAUGGAUUGAACGUUUCCUUCGUCUUGCAAUUUUCUGGGCAAAUUUUAUUACAAUUUUCCCAGUGACAAUUGCAAAAAAAAAAACGAAACCGAAACUGAGAUAUUUAAACCAAUAAUAGUUGUGUCAAAUGGGGUUGUUGAUGGAAAAUAAAAAAAUUUUUUUUCUUGUUCUUUGAAGACAAAAGAUUUAUCGAAUAACAAAGUUUCACUAGAUGACGAGGGUCUCGCAAUUUCUUUAGUCAAUAAAACGUAAAUUAAAAAAAUAUAAUUGAGGGGGAGGAAGUGAAAAAUUUAAGUGAUAAAUAAGUGACAGUAAUAGUUGAAAUAUUAUCAAAAUCAAUGAACGAAGAUAAAGCUGUUACGCAAAUAAUGCCGCAAUUAAUUAUUCACAUACUACUUCAAAUCACUUAUUAUCUGAUUAGUGAAGAGAAUUAACGAGAGAAAAAUAACAACAAAUAUUGACAAAUAAAAAGAAUUCUUAUACGUGAUUGUGUGUGCUGUUUGUAUCUUUAUUUUUUUUUUGUUUUUCAGUUGAGAAGUCAUAGAAAAAUUAUUUCUGUCCACUUAUCAUUCUGUUGCGAGGUAAUAAACUAGAAUAAGUGUAUUCGUUUCAACGUCAGUUUUUAGUCGAUAUCUGGGGAUCGAUGGACGAUAACGAUAUUUUCAUAGACACCUUUUUUGUAGCUCUCAACUUUUUCUAUAAAAAAUGUUUAUGCAAAAAACUGGCUAGGUUCCUUCAACACCGAGAUAUUGGCUAAAAACUGACAUUGAAAAACAAAAUAAACUUAUUCUAGUUGACCACCUAGCUACUGCAUUCAUCCAGCAAUUUUUCAAAACUCGAAUGGAUUCUAUCGAAUUUAAAGUGCGGCAUAUUUUGGCGAUCAUCACUGGUUCCAGGGAUGACAUUUUUGAGGAAUAUUUGGGAUUUUUACUCAUUUCCAUGGGCUCAUUGCUAGCAUCGUCCUUCUAUUUAUUUUAUUAUCCAUUCAAAAGGGAAACGGGUGGACGUUUUUUGCAAAUAUCUCGAGAACCCUAAAAUCUACAAAAAAAUAUAAGAUAACAUUUUUCCCAGGCAAUAAAAUUACCCACAAAAAUGUAUCAUAACAUUUUUUGGCAGAACCAUUAAUUCUCGAGAUAUUUGCUCCACAAACCUAUACCCCAGUCCACCCACAACUACCCAUUAAAAUUCUAUCCAAAGUAUUAUUUAUUAACUAUUCUGGAAGCGAAAGAAAUUGAGUAUUCAAAUGGUGACUGAUGUGUUAUUACUCAUGAUGACUGAAGAUUCAUUAGUGGACCGAUUGGAUUGAAUUAACGAACGUGAAUAAUGUGAGUAUGAAUCGGUUGAAUGUAUUUGUUAAUGGUCGUCUCAGAACUACAGAAGCGAGUUUGUCUGAUUAAAAAGUAAAACCUCUCAUUGAAAAAUAAAGUGAAUGCCAAUGUACUGAAUUGUAUCUGAAGAGUGGAGAAACGAGUGUUGUAUCACAUUGAGAUGGAUGAAACAGCAGCUCCCACCGGUAUUUUUAAUUAUCACAUUAAUCCCGACUGAUUUGAAAAAAUGCCUGAGUGUUUUAUACCGAAAGAGUGCACGGAGUAAUAACAUUAAAAAAAAAAUAAAUAAAUGAAAAAAUGAAAAAAAUUAUAGGAACAACAACAAGAGUGCUUAUACAUAUAAACGUUCAAACGAAUUUUAAAACAGAACAUGACAGCUGAUAGACAAAGACUGUAGUUUAAGACAACUUUUAACAAACAUUUAGAACCGUUAGGGCGUACUAUUAUGAAUUUCGGUCCCUUCCAAACCGUUUAUACACAAAAAAAAAAAUGAAAAAUGAAACUAUUCAAAAAAAUACACUACACAAGAACGAAUGUGCAAUUUCUAUGGGAAUUCGAUGACGAAGAUCGAUUUUUAUCACUCCUCAAAACCGCAGAAAUACUUUUCUCAAAAGUAAUCGAGAAUUUUUUCACCACACACUAAUGUAUUAAGUCAAUUAGAAUUAGGGAAGAUUAAUUAACAAGAAAAAAAUAAUGAAACAAAAAGUAAUUGUUGCUCAAGAGUUGCCUUGCAAGAGAAUAAAUAAAUAAAUGAUGAUGAAAAAAUGACGAGUGAAGCGAUUUGGAAGUGAUCGGUACGGAAUUUGUAAAUAUCCAUGAUGAAUUUUCAUGUUGAUUAAUAAAAGCCAACUUUUUGAAAGUUUCAUUAAGAAUUUUUCAAUGUAACGUGUCCUACGAGGAGUGAUAUGUGAGUGUGAGGUAACCGUGACAUUAUUAAUAACGAGAUGAAUUAAUGGUGAAAUAUCGAGGGGGAGGACAGCUGGGGGUUAAAUGGACGAUCAAUAUUUCAAGAUUGAUUGUUUAAAAGUGUCAACCUAGUGUGAAAUUGAGAAUAAUUCGAUCUUCGACUAGUUCUAUCGAUUCAAGAGAUUCUGAUGACUAUUUAGCCCCAGGCUGUUUCGCCUUUUUGCCAUAAACGCGAAUAGCGAUGAAUGAACGAGACUGGAGAUUUGAAAAAAAAAAAAAUCUGGUGAUUUUGUGUAAAGGUAUACUGGACUAUUCCCUCUUGUCAUUCGUCCUGAUGAUGAAGCAAAAAAAAA